UGCGCUCUGUUUUGCAUCUUUGAAUUGCUGUAUUGGUGUUUGUGUUUUACCUUGGAAGUUAGGGAAACGGUGACCGGGUUGAAUUAGCUAGAGGAACAAAGUAUAUCGUUGGCCACACAUCAUUAUGGCCUUGCAGGGUCAGGAAGACAUAGAGGAGCAGAUCGAGGAGCCUGAAGACUUUCAGGAGCAGGAUGUCAGCAUCUCCCCGGCAGAGGAGCUGCCCAACGGGCCCGAAGAUGAAGAUUCAGACCCGGUACUCUUGCCAUGGGAUCGGUUCUCAGCCUGGCUCCAUUGUAUCUGUGUCGUGGGUUUUGACCUAGAACUUGGACAAGCGGUAGAGGUAAUUUAUCCUCACCAUUCAAAGCUCACGGAGAAAGAGAAAACAAGUAUUUGCUACCUGUCAUUCCCAGACUCCAAUUCAGGUUGCCUGGGAGACACACAGUUCUGCUUCCGCUUCCGUCAGGCCUCGGGCAGGAAGUCCUCGGUAGCCUGCUUUCAGGACCACUUCGACAGAGACGCCCCUGUCUGCCUCAAGAGGGACCAGGGCCAUUACUACGGCUACGUCUACUUCAGGCAGGUCCGAGACAAGUCCCUCAAGAGGGGUUACUUUCAGAAGUCUCUGGUUCUGAUCAGCAAGCUGCCCUACGUCACCUUCUUCCACUCCCUGCUCAAGCUCAUCGCCCCGGAGUACUUCGAGAAGCAGGAGCCCUGCCUGGAGGCUGCUUGCAAUGACAUCGACCGCUGGUCCACACCGUGUCCAGGGAAGAUACUGACGCUCCCGAUAAUGGGUGUUGUUAUGAAGGUUCGGAUUCCUGCCUGUUAUGACAAGCCUGGAACCUCGCAACUGGUGCAGUCCACACAGAAUGACAGCCUUGUCUCCAUCGUCCUGCCUACCAUCCACGAGGUGGACCUCUUCAGGUGUUUUUGCCCGGUCUUCUUUCAUAUUCAGAUGUUGUGGGAACUGGUGUUGCUAGGGGAGGCGCUGGUCGUCAUGGCACCCUCGCCUGCAGAGUCAUCGGACACAGUGUUGGCAUUGGUCAGCUGCAUCGCCCCGCUGCGUUAUUGCAGUGAUUUCAGGCCCUACUUCACCAUUCACGACAGCGAGUUCAAGGAGUACACUACCCGCACACAGGCCCCGCCCUCUGUCAUUUUGGGUGUGACAAACCCCUUCUUUGCCAAAACUCUUCAGCACUGGCCACACAUCAUUCGCAUUGGGGACAUGAAGCAAACAGGGGAGAUGGCCAAACAAAUGAAAGUGAAGAAGCUGAAAAAUCUGAAGACCCUAGAUUCUAAACCUGGUGUAUACAGUGCCUACAAACCGUUCCUGAACCGAGACGAGGAGAUCAUCAAACAGCUACAGAGGGGUAUCCAGCAGAAACGGCCUUCCGCGGCCCAGAAUGCCAUUCUGCGCCGGUACUUCCUGGAGCUCACUCAAAGCUUUAUUAUUCCUCUGGAGCGCUACGUAGCUAGUCUGAUGCCCUUGCAGAAGAGCAUCUCCCCCUGGAAGAGCCCCCCCCAGCUGCGACCCUUCAGUCAGGAGGAGUUCAUGAAGAGCCUGGAGAAGGCAGGACCUCAGCUCACCUCGCGCCUCAAAGGGGACUGGAUCGGCCUGUACAGGCAAUUCCUGAAGUGCCCCAAUUUUGAUGGCUGGUUCAGGAGCCGCAGGAAAGAGAUGACCCAGAAGCUGGAAGCCCUGCACCUGGAGGCGCUGUGCGACGAGGACCUACAGCUGCGUAUUCAGAAGCACACUGAGGUGGAGACUGUGGACCUCGUGCUGAAGCUGAAGGACAAACUGACACAGGCAGAGAGAGAGCAGCUGCCAGUCAAGCCGGGGACACUGGCCAAGCUGCAGGCCCACAUCGAGUCUGUGAUCCUCUCCCUGCCGGAGGACCUGCAGGGCAUCCUGCACAAGCCGGCCACCCCUUGACCUCUGACCCCUGACCCCUGACCCAUGUCGCACAGUAGUGAAGGGGAUGCACACAGAGGGCACCAGGCAGACUUGGCUUACACAGGGAAUGAGCCCAAUGACUGCUCCACACUUGAGUCGUGGAUUUUUAAACUGACUUAUUUUAUUUUGAUUUUUUUUGAUUUGUUUUGUUUUUUUUAACAUCAAGUGCACUUGUACCUAAAAGACCCGUGUGCCCAGAUAUGUGCAGUGCUGGCAUUGCCAGAACCAAUAAUUAAGCAAACAAUCAUUGAAUAAGAAAAGCCAGAUAAUGUAUUACUGUGCACUAGAAAGGCAGGUGGGGGUGGGCGCAUAGAGAAAGCAGCCCCCCUAACCCAGCCUAUGCAAGGCAGCUCUCUCUCCGCUGAUGUCACCAGCUCAUGUCUCAAACAGCUUCUCUCCUGCGGACACCUUGUCUGGGACCCGCUAAGAUCUGAGAGGGACAGAGAGGAGCAGAUGGGACAAUCCAUGGGAAGGCGCUAAUCGCCCCCCACUCUACUUCUCAUAUCUUGGAAAAGAGGAGGGAGAAACCAACGGCUGACCGGGUGAUGUGGCACCAGGAGUGUCUUCUGGUUUGUUGUGAAGGACCUACUGUGGGCGUAAAGCAAAGCUGCUUCAUCUCCUACAGGAGCUGUGCCAUCACCCUGUCUGUCUUCUACAUAUGUUAAACGAGCUGGAGGUCUUUCACGGUGGGGUUAAGUGGAACAGGAUUUUGGACUGAGAAGAAGUUGUCGUGAAAGAUCAUGAGAAGGUUGUGUCUGUGCACUGGGAUUUGGAAAGGUUGUGCUAAAAUGGAGAAAUCAGGAAUGAGAGAUAGUGGGGGUUCUUUCAAAAAGAGUUUUGGUAGAAGCGCCAAGAGCUCUUCGGGGGGUUGCUGGUCCUCCCUAUUUUAGGGAGAUGUGGAAUUGCUCAUCUGUAGCACUGUUGAAAUAACACUAAAUGGUUGAAACAGGGCUAUUAUCCGUAAGCUUUGUUACAAUUCCAGUAAUUUGUUUUUGAGGCGUUGAGAAAGAGACAGCCAUGGAGGGUAUCCUGUAAAUUUCAUGCAUAUGCGUCAUACUCCUACUAAAGCUUCUCUACUGUCAUGCUUACCAUUCAAGCUGUUCACAAGUUGCUUUGUGGGAGUGUUUUAUAACAUACUUAUUCAGGUCAGCCCAGUGUUUCAAAAAUAAAAAUUCAUUUUAAGGGACAAAGUCCACCCACAACCACCACCACCCAAGUCUUUUAUUUGUUUUGUUUAUUAAAUAUACUGUAGGGAAACUGACAUUGCCUUAUUUUUAAUGUUUGUGUUUGGAGGCUUGUGUGUGAAUUAUCUAACUUAAUUGUAGUUUAAUUUCCUGGUUAUACAUCAGCAAUUUGUCAAAGGUUUAUGUGGCUAAAUAUGACUUGAAAUUAGGUCUUAUUUUUGAGGUAAAGUUGCCUUAUUCAAAGCCGGUGUGUUUACAUGUUCAAAAAGGAGAUUCUAGAACAUAGAACAUGUUUUUUUAAGUUAAUACGUGUUAGGGGGAAGGUCAGAGAAUAGUAGAUAAACCAUUUGAAGGCUUACCUCAAUAACCUCAUUCAACAUUCCUUGGCCAUUUGGGCCUUGCAGUAAAAAUGAACAGUAUAUGUAAUAGAGAACCAUAUAAGCCUUUGGUCUUGCAUCUCUUUGCUUGCAUUGAUGGACUACUUUAUAUCCUGUCAGAUCUAUUGGGGUCAAAGGUCACGUUCCAGCUACCCUGUGCCUUCAAUACCCUAAUCUCUUGUAUGUCAGGACCUAUGUUUUAAUGUUUUGAGGUUUGAGACAGGACUUGUGGUUAUAAUUGAGGAAGGAGUGCUUAUUUUGCAAGUGGUGGUGUUCAACACAGCAUAACCAUGAUGAAAUGAACCAAUGAACUGACACGGCUUUUGAAAUGGUAAUGACACUUUCUUUUUGUUUUCCUGUAUGUUGACAGCUGCAUAUGGGAUAUUCAUGAUUUUAUAACAUAUUUUUUCUGUUUAAGAAGUCUGCUAUAUUUCCAUUUUGGGUGUGUAAUGCCUAAGAACAUGGAGUGUAUGUAAAUCUAACAUGGUCUUGUUUUAAUACAGGAAAAUCCUAACACAGCCUGAACAACCUUUUAACAUGUUGCAGCAUGUCUGAUUAGAAUAUUUUCUACUGAUUCAUUAAGGUUUCUUAAAUCACUGGGCGCUUCAAGAGGUACCUGUGGUGGUUCAGGAAAACCCAGGGAACGUGUAUGGUCGUCCAUGCCAAGCAUUUGUAAGCGUUCUUUGUUGACUUGGCUGUUGACUUGGCUUGUGUGCUACAUCCAAGUUAACAGUUACACUUGGGUUUAUUUUCAAAUGCAUACUGGCUUUUUUUUUUAGAUCUCAACCUCCAAUCAAAGUUACAUAUUUAAUGAUAAUUGUACAAUCAUUGAUCAUUUGCAGAAGCCCACCCUGUUUUAAUUAACUGAGGAAGGUUGGAAACCUGGAACUGAAACCAAAGUUCUAACAGUUUUAAUAUUUUUUAAAUGUCAUUUGUACAAAAUAUUGAACUAUAGUACAUCCAGAUUGUGUUAGGUGUGAUGUCUUUGAACUAACCUUGUCACAUAUAUGCAUACCAGAACAACAAUACUGUCCUUUAACUUGUAAGGACACUCAACCUUUUAAGCUUGCCACCGCAUCAGGCAAACCUUAUACCUGACGAAUCCUCAGUGAAUCAGUGGGAUUGUCACCACAUGGCGAAUUCCAGUUGAAAUCAGUGUUGGCUUGCACAGGACCUGUGACUGUUGGUUGU